AUGUCGUAUAUGCUUCAACAUUUACACUCUGGAUGGGCAGUGGACCAGGCCAUUGUUACAGAAGAGGAACGAAUUGUUUGUAUACGUUUUGGACAUGACUACGACCCUGAGUGUAUUAAAAUGGACGAGUUGCUGUACAAAAUUGCAGAAGACGUAAAGAACUUUUGUGUUAUCUACCUGGUUGAUAUUACUGAAGUUCCUGAUUUUAAUGGCAUGUACGAAUUAUACGACCCGGUUUCCGUCAUGUUUUUCUACAGGAACAAGCAUAUGAUGGUUGAUUUGGGAACCGGAAACAACAAUAAGAUCAAUUGGGCAAUGAACGAUAAACAGGAGCUGAUCGAUAUAAUCGAGACUGUAUUCCGGGGCGCAAGAAAAGGGCGUGGACUCGUCAUUUCUCCCAAAGAUUAUUCUACCAAGUAUCGGUACUAG